AUGCUGCGAGGAUGGCUGUGCUACGAGCGCACAAUAAGAGCUGCGCUGGAAAGAUCGUACUUGGCAGGAAGAUCGAAGCAAACCAAAUAUCUCGUAAAGAAUCGACUCGACUCGCAGUACGUGGCUGAUGGGGCAAAGAUGUCUGGAGCUGCUUCGAGUGGGCACAGGAAAUGUUUGCUCGGACUUCAUUCACUUGCAGAUAAUUAUUUGUGGGUCGUCUGUGCGACUUCCACUGCUUUGAUAUGGCCGACAACCACCUACAGUAAAACUAACAUUAAAACUAACAUGAGCCUCGAGCCGCGAGUCACAAGACUCGCAAUUCGCGCACGACCCUCUGCACGAGAGAACAUUGCCAUCAUGUCUCCGAGCCCUCCCUCUCCCAUCCCAACCUCCACCACUCCAACCCACUGGCUCCACAAAUCCGGCGUCCAAAUCCUCUCCGACUUCAACGCAGCAAACCCCCCAAGUCCAGACUCGAAUGGUCUAAAACCCACAUCCAUCCACCUCCACUUGUACAUCAAAUACCGCCCGUCAAUCUACGCGAUUCAGAACAACGAUGGGGUGAUAACUGUUCCAUGGUCCUGGAUCGACCCAGGCAAAUGGCCCGAAGCCGCUCAGCACCCGCUCUCCGAGCUGAUCCUGGACUGGCUCAUGCCUGGCAUCAGAACGGCGAGCAUUGAAGCGCCGCAGUUUUUGGAGUUUAGGUUUGAGGAACCGUUGGUUGAGUGUGUGGAUGUUUAUGGGAAGGGGAAGAAAGAGGGAGGGGAUGAGGGGAAGGGGGAGCGAGGGGAGGAUGAAGGUGGGCGGAAGAGGAAGAGAGAUGGAGAUGGGGAGGCUGGCGACGAGGGAAGUGGAAGUGGAAGUGAUGACAGUGAUGGAAAUGCAAGUGAUAGCGAUGAGAGCGACGAGAGCAGUGGCGAGAGUGAUGACGAGAGCAGUGGCGAGAGCGAUGACGAGAGCGAAGAAGAUGCCAGCGAUGACCAUGGCAAAGAAGACGACAACGAUGGCGAUGGCGGCGAAGACGUAGAGGAGCCCGUGAGAGACGACUGCAAGGAGAAGAACCUGAAAGAGAAGCCAGUGGAGAAAGUUCUGCUUUUGGCAGUAAUCAUGAGCGUGAGUGCAGCGAACCGCAAUUGGAUUAUACCUGGUUUCAAGAAGAGAGCAUGGUUCCGCGACACGAAUCCUUGGGUCCUUGAACAGAUCUUGGGCGGUCAAGUGAUGGAGAGGCUGAAGCAAUUAGGAGCCGAGAGAGCACUUACCACCCUCCCCAACCGCAAUCUUGUGAGAGUCGAAAUUCUCCGCUCACUAGCCCACCUCAUCAGGAUCUCCGAGAGCGGACAGAACAUCACCCAUUCCUGCGUCGCCAUCCUCGAACCCGUCGAUAUCCUCGAAGAAGCCAAAGAGAACACUGGACUCAUGCUCCUAGACGUGGCCCCAGACCGGAUGGAUAUAAUCAAGAGAAGUCAGAAAAUCAUGCACGCCGACGGCCGCAUGCCGGCUUGUAUUUGGGCAGUUACAGGCUGGUUUGAUCGAAGACAUCAUCAGCACGGCGAAGCGGUUCUGAUGGAAUCAGAGUGGUCGAUGAAUCACUUCUUUUUGGAAAAUGGAAGGAAUAAAAGUGCUUGGUUACAAUUUUGGCAUGGAAAUCCUCAGGACUUUUUGGUUGAGAGUGAGAGGGAUUUGCCGGAGGUUUAUAGGUGGGAUGUGAGGGAGAUUAUGCCUGUUUGAG